AUGUCAUCCUACCAAACUUACUCAUCCCACUACUCAAACAACAACAACUCCUCAUCACAACACCCAUACUCCAGUCGCUCAACAUCCCCCGCGACAACACUCUCACCUCCCUCACCAACCAUCGGUAACCGUGGAGGCACCAGUGCCACCACCUCUGCCGCCAUUAAUAUCGACUCCCAAACACCCAUCUACACCAUUGACUACAGCCACUCAAAUACAUCAGGAUCAGUAGGGGCACAACGAAGCGGUUCGCCUUCGUUACCACCCCUCGGAAGCCCCACCAGCACCCUCCACAGCAGUGACAGUCGAAGCAAUACCUUCAAUUCACAAAAGCGCACCGCGUCUCCGACCAUGGCCUUUUCUAAUACCCCUUUGCCGGAACCGACGCGGUGGAAGCGGGUCCGGUUGACGGUCAUGAAGCUUGCGACUGUUGAACGGUUGCAGUUGCUCUGGGGUCUGCUUGCAGUCCUGGGUACCGUGUCCUGGAUUGCCCUCUUGCCAGCCUAUUCCUUCAGAAGUGGCCUUGGGCGCGGCACCUUCAGUGACCCUUCCUACAGUCUUUUCUUGGUUGCAACUGUCGGAACGUCGUUUUCAGCCAUCUGGCAAUCCCUUUGUCCAUUCCUCAUCCGCCAAAGUCAACGGGCCCUCCUCCCCCGCAUCAUCAACCACCCCUCUACCCAAACUGCCACCAUCGUCGUUUCCGUCGUCCUGACCGUCCUCAACUUCUUUAGCUGGAUCAUCUUGGCCGCUGGAGGCGAUACCGGUGCGCAUACCAACUGUAUGACGGGCCCCUUGGCCGAUAGACCUGGAUACAUCUCGCAAUGCCGGGGCGUCAAUGUUGCGAUUGCGGUCGAUGCCAUUGUGUUCUUGCUCUGGAUCCCCAUCUCGGUCGUCAUUGUCUGUGGAACGGUCGAGCGUGGUCUGUGGUGGUGGGGCGAGGAUGAUGGCUGGGCACAAGGAGAGGGCCUGGUUGGAGGAUCGAACAUGAUGUCUGAGGAAGAGUUUGAUAUGAAGAUUGGUGUUGGCGGAAGCAAGCGUAUCAAGAGACGUCAGACUGUCUUCCCGACCGAGGAGGAGCAGGCUGAGCAUCCAGGAAUGGUCAUGAUCCAACAACCUAAGCCAGCGUUUGUCACACCCAUUGCUUCCCAGUUCCGGUCGUCUUCAGGUGGAGCCGACGACGACCUCGAGAACGGAGACGAUGAUGAUUUCGGCAAUUUCACACCUUCGAGUUACAGGCGGCAUCACCAACAACGUCAACAACAACAGAGGCAACGAUUGCAGCGCAAGGCGUCGACGAAUUCAUUGUCGAGUCGGUUGUCGACUUUCUUUGGCGCCGGUUGGGGGGCGGAUGCUAUGCCCCCUUCAUCUUCUUCGUCACCCACAGAACCUGUCCCUGCGCUCCCACCCAUGCCUAUGAUGCCUUCCCAGUACGCACAGGAGAAUGCUCGCAAUGCCGCCGCUGUUGCCGCCAAAACGAACGGCGGCGACACCGUCACAGCUUCGACCAGAAAGAAGAAGAAUGAAGAGAAGAAGAAGGAAGAGGAUGAAAAGGAAGCAGAGGAGGAUAUUCCGUUGCAUGGAGAUAGCUAUGAAUCUCAAUGGCAUUCCCGCUGGUCUUGA